ACCGCGAGUCAAACUUCAGUUGAGCUCGAACGUGAACCGCGGCGUUCUACAUUUGAAUUUCAAUAUUUUUUUAAUUCCGCACGUUUAUUUUCGUGCGUUGCUUUUUUACUGCCAGUAACAAACAGUCUGUGAAAGUUUUAGUGCUGUGAAUAUUUUUUUUUAAAUAAGACCUAGUUUUCAAGAAAAGCAACAAUGGAACCUCUUGUUGUAGAUAUCAUACACUUCUAUCCAGUGGAGAAUGCACAGCCCCAUAAUACCAAAAAGUAAAUUUGAAGCGUUAAACAUCGACCCACCAACAGAUGUGACCACGACCAUAGUGCGGCGCGGUCAACCCUUCAACGGCGUGGUCCGGUUCAACAGACCCUACGAUGAGAACAUGGACACCGUACAGCUUGUUUUUACACUGGGUGACAAACCUCAAAUAGACACUCAGGGAUCAAUGUUUCUGAAGAGGGAUGCGGUUCCAGACAAAUAUUCUUGGAGUGCCAAGGUCAUUGAGGUGGGAGAACAGGAUAACACCAUAUCAUUUGAGAUCUCCACUCCAGUAAACAUACCAGUCGGUAGCUGGGCUCUCCGAGUUGUCACCAGGUUGAAGGGCUCACCAGCCCGGGAAGUAUACGACUUUGAUCAGGAUCUUUAUAUCCUCUUCAAUCCUUGGCAUCCGGAUGAUCAAACCUUCAUGGAAGACACCAACUUGCUCCAAGAAUACGUGCUGAAUGACAUCGGCAAGGUGUGGGUGGGUCCCAUCAAGACUACCAGAGGCAAGCCGUGGUUCUAUGGACAGUUUGAUGCUGUUGUGCUGCCUGCGGUCAUGUUCAUGCUGGACCGUGCUGAGAUGCCGUUCCACCACCGCGGUGACCCAGUAAAAGUCUCACGAGUUAUCUCCCGUAUAGUCAACUCAAACGACGAUGCAGGUGUUCUGGUCGGGCGAUGGGAUGGACAAUAUGACGAUGGUACAGCACCAUCCGAGUGGACUGGAUCCGUGGAUAUCCUGGCGCAGUACUUGGAGUCGCAGCAGGAGGUGCCUUAUGGGCAGUGCUGGGUGUUCGCUGGCGUUGUCACUACUGUUUGCCGUGCCCUCGGUAUCCCCUCAAGAGUGGUAACCAACCUGGUGUCAGCUCACGACGCCAACAGUUCCCUGACCGUGGACAAAUACUACACCGAGACCAUGGAGGAGCUGGACUUCGAUCCCAACAACCCUCAGGGUGCUGACUCCAUCUGGAACUACCACGUGUGGAAUGACGUGUGGAUGGCCAGACCUGAUCUGCCACCAGGUUACGGUGGCUGGCAAGCAGUAGACGCCACACCUCAGGAGACAUCCUCAGGAAUGUUCCAGUGUGGACCAGCAUCUCUAGAAGCCAUCAAGCAGGGCGUCAUCGGGCUCAACUAUGACGUGGAGUUCAUGUUGGCUUCCGUCAACGCUGAUCUGAUGAGGUGGAGGCAGGACCCUGAGUCGGAGACAGGAUAUUCGAUGGUCGAUACCAACAACUAUCAUAUCGGGCGCAUGAUACUAACAAAGAAGCCCUUCGUGUUCGACCCCCUUGGCGACGAAGACAGGCAGAACAUCACCGGCGAGUACAAGCACAACGAGGGCUCUGCUUCGGAACGUUUGGCUCUCAUGAACGGAGUGCGGUACUCGGAAAGGGCGAAGAGGUAUUACUCGGUAGCAACAAACAUGUCUAGCGAGAUCACGUUCAAACUGCGCGACAUCGACACAGUUCCCAUCGGGAAGGACUUCAGGAUUAUUGUGGACAUCGAUAACAAUUCCGAGGAGGGUCGCAACAUCAAGGCAGCUUUGACAGCAACGAGUGUGUUCUACAACGGAGUAAGAGCUGAAUUAGUGAAGAAGGUCGAAGGAAAGGUCUUCGUCGGUCCAUCAAAACACGAAGAAGUGAGUAUUCUGGUGAAGGCGGACGACUACCUGCCGAAGCUGGUGGAGUACUGCAACAUGAAGAUCUCGGCCAUGGCCAUCGUGGACGAGACCAAGCAGUCCUGGGCCGACGACGACGACUUCCAAGUUCUCCGGCCCAACAUUAACAUUAAGUUCAAUGAAGACCUCAUCAUCGGCCAGCCAACCAUGGCAGUUCUGUCCUUCGUGAAUCCCCUCGACCGACCGUUGACUGGUUGCGAGUUCAGACUGACCUCAUCCGGCAUCGCUGGCAGAACUCUUCGCUUGCCGGCCUCUGAUGCUGAACCCUUGCAACUACUCACCAUUGAAGUACCAGUUCAACCCAAUAAAAUUGGUAAAAUCAACUUCGUGGCGUCAUUCAAAUCUGCCGAGCUCAAGGACAUCAAUGGGGCUGCUAGCGUUGAAGUUUUUGAAGGAUAAACUUAAGCUAUAAUCAUACUUAAAGUAUUAUUCUUUAAGGAUAGUGGCAUAGCAAUGUGAGGAGACAUGGUUGCUAUGGGCCUCAUAAGAAUGUCCAGUCACUUAUCGGGCUAUGGAGAGCUAACUCAGAUUAAAGUCCUGUUAUAAUAUUGCUGUACCACUAUUUUUAUAGAUUAAGUAUCUACUCGUUUAAGAAAAAUUAUAGUCAUAGAUAAAUAGAUAUUUUUAUAGGGGAUCUAUUUUUUGUUACUCUAUUGAAUAGUAUGUACCAACGCCACAAGUAUAGUACGUGACAGGCCGAGAUGGCAAUCGGGGGGGGGACACCCGCACAGCCCCCGCACUAACCUGGUACGGGAUAGCGCAGGUGACGUGCGGGUGUGCCGGGCGUCUUCCCGCCUCAUAGCCCGAUUGCAAUCUCGACCUGUCGCGUACUUAACGUAAUUUUGAGCAUGCUAUAUACUAUAUAUAAUACUAAGCAUGUGCCAUAAAAUGGCAAAUAUUUUUGAAAUGGUAGCUUCUAUGAGAUUUUAUAAAAUAAAAGUUAAACAUAGGGUAAAAUAUGUAUCAUAGUCGAUAUAAGCUUUUUAUACAUUUCACAAUUAGGUAAUUAUUAUGAAAA